CGGUUGCGAGCGAAAUUCCGCGAAAUUGCAAGUAUCGCGGGCCUUCUCACCCACAGGAGCAGGAGGCACGGAACGAUCGCCACGAUGCAGUCGCCCGUCAUGCAUGCAAGAAGGAACGAAGAAAUGCAGUCGGUGCCGCGAGCAGCGCUACUGCUCCCGUGAAUGCCAACAGCGUGACUGGAAAUCCCACAAGCGCAUGUGUGGCAAACCAGUUUCCCCGUUUGUCGAGUGGCACGUUGACCUGUCACGAGAACGCGUGUAUGAACGCUUCGUGGUCAGCUUUCAAUUGCGUGUCGAGGACGAAUACGUGCUCGCUGGCAACUUGGUUGGCGAGUACGGCGAACAGGCAGGCGACGAGCCUUGUGCGCCGCAGUUCCAACGGUACUUGGAGCGUGCCAAAGCCAAGAAGGUCUUUCCACCCGACUGGACGAGCGACGACGACCGCAAGUUGAUGGAAGUAGCAGGACAACAUAUCCAUUUCGCAGUUGAAAAGCACGACGUCAUGGAGAAAUACGGAAACUUGGAACCGAUGGUCGUGCGGUUGCUUGCCGAGCACAUCCUCGGCCCCGUUGGCACGUGGGUCUAGGUCAUCCAUCAAAGAAAUCAAAAUCCUCGUGGGGUUGGGACGUGCAGCGACUGCGGUUUUGAUUG